AUGACAAACAAUAAUGCAUCACAGAGGAAGGUGCUGUUGCAGACCUUCGAGGAUUGGGCACGAUGGGAUGAAGAGUUUCAGACAAAGGCUAUCAGCCUACACUUAUGGGGCUAUAUUGACCCAGAUAGUGGCCUUUUAAUGAUGGAAAGGCCAGAAAGACCCCUUAUAGGGUCCUGCCACAGAAGGAUUCCCGCUAGAAUCUUGGAUCCAGAAUACCUGGCCCAGUCUGGAAGACAGACCCGCCAAGGUGGGCAAUCAAGCCAAACUGUCAGCCAGUCGCCAUCGGGAGAACCUAUGGUUAUGCUUCCAGAGACGACGGACCCUGCUCAUCGCGCUCGUAGCCUUUCUGAAUUGACUGGCGUCAUUCACAUUCGAGUGGAAGAUUGGACUACGGGCUGCGUCAGAGCUCGUGCCGUGCCGUGUGGGACUUGCGGACAUGGUACGCAAACCUUAGGACAAGUGUGGGUGCAACAAGCUGCUGCCAGAAGGAAGUACCAGUCGGCUACGGCUGCUCUCACUAAAGUCCCGAAGGACUUUGCAGGCUGGAUUACGACGUGGGAAAUGGCCACCAACCUUGCUCUGGUUAGAAAAACCGGAGGGGUGGAAGACCCAAACAUUUGGUUUGAUGACUUGACGAAAGCAGUCCAACCUGUCCUAGGUAACUGGACUACCAUCUAUGCAGGCAUAUACAAGGAUAAAUUGGAAGAUAAAACAUUGACGAUAGGGGAGGCUGCAAAGGAUCUGCGGAAAGAAGCAGAGAGACGGAAUAUCCUACAUGCUGGGGAGAAAGGCUCCAAAGUCAUGAAAGGAGCAUUUGGUCCAACUCUGGCUGGAGAGCCGGGGCCUUCCUCACCGUCGAGCCGCGGGGCCGUCCUCACCGCAGGACGAUUCCGACACGCCGGUCCAGAUGAUUUUGUUUUCGCCGGGGAACAACGAGUCCCCAUCCAUGGAUAUGGCAAUGUUGUAAUCUGCACACAAGGUCCUCGAGGUCGAGGCUUUAUUGACCUCUUUGAUGUUGCACUUUGCGAAAACUUCCCGUGCAACCUUGUAUCACUACGGCAACUUCAGAAACGUGGCUACUGGUGGGAUAAUCGCCCUGGCUUUAAUUGCCUGAGAUCCAGAGGCAACACCGUCAUCUGCUACAUUGUUGACCGAUACGAUCAAUUCGUGAUAGAAGACGGACCCUCAGGAGCUGUAAGAAGUGCAUUCGUGUCUCAACGGCAUCAAUAUAACUCCUGGACAAGGAGGAAGGCAAGCAAGGCAGACGCACGAAAGUGGCAUCUAAGACUUGGACACCCUGGUCCCCAGGCCUUGGAACAUCUCGUCAACACUUCGCGAGAUGUUCGAAUCAAGGGACCAACAACUACCGAGUGCGAUGACUGUGCCGUGUCUAAAAUAAAACGGCAAAUACGUCGGCAGCCACGAGAUGUGGGCAAUGACCCCGCACAACGCAUAGCUAUUGACUUUCACGACAUUGAAGUGACUCACGAUGGAACGAACUGCGUGAUGCUCGCCACUGACCGAUGGUCCGGAUUUAUAUGGGAUUAUUAUCUAUUUACUCGCACAUUCGGGGAGAUAUUGGAUGCAUUAAAGCAUCUCCUUGGACAUCUGGAGCGACAGUAUCAGAUCAAGCCCAGAGUAGUAGAGUGCGAUAAUGAGAUUAUGGGCAAUAGUGUGUUUAUGAGGAAUAGGACCGCCACUCUAGACUUCCUUCGCGCGCAGAACAUUAUAGUUGAGAACAGUGCCGUGCAUACUCCUGCACAGAAUGGAGGCGCCGAGGUGUCUGGGAGUAUCAUCAAGACGAAAGCCCGAGCAAUGCGAGCAGGCGCAAAACUCCCACAAUAUUUAUGGGUCGAGAUAUAUCGUUGCGCAGUAUAUCUAUACAACCGAACCCCGAAAUACAUAUAUAAUUGGCGCACCCCGUAUGAGAGAUUACACACCAUUGUGGCACGCAGAGAUGGCGUGAUUACCGAAGGUAGAAAGCCCUACCAAGCGCAUCUGCGGGUCUAUGGGUGCAAAGCGUUUGCCAUGACGCCGGAUGCCUUGGCAAGGAGGAAUAAACGACAGAGAUUGAACCCCAGAGCCUGGAUCGGUUACCUUGUCGGCUAUCAAUCCACAAACAUCUAUCGAGUCUGGAAUCCCAAGACUGGGAGGGUUAUUUCUACUAGGGACGUGAUAUUCAAUGAAGACGAGACGUUUAGCGGCAGUCUUGAGCAACUGAAGGAUGACCUAUUGCAUAUCAGUCGCAACGAGCUGAAUCACUUACUCAACCAGGCCGAAGAGUCGCAAACUGACCGUAACACCACGGCAGAAGAAGACCAAACUGGGGUCUCGAUACCCCAUGAUGAUUGGGAGGGCCUUCGCGGAGAAGACGAGGAUGUCGGAGCCCAGCUCAGUUGGGAAGACCCCGCACUCCGAGAAGGAACAGCAAAUGCAGGAACUGAAGGAUCAGAGGUUGUGCCUGAUCAGCCAGCCGGUGCUGAGAACAGUUCUGGAAAUUCCGGGAGCGCGGAAGCCGAUCGAGAAGUACCAGAAGGCACGGAUGACCAGCUUCAAGCUGAUGCCGAUGACCACCAACCUAAGGAUUCUGAUGCUCGAUCUAGGCCGUACCCGACCCCUGUGUCGCUGCCGCCAACGGCACUUUUAGCCAUGUCAGUACGUGAAGGUGUCUGUGCGACACAUGACGAAAAGUUCAAGCAUGACGCUGCAAAGGAACCAAUCGAAGUAUGGAAGACCGCCUUUGUUGCAGGACGCCAAGCUACCCCGAUUGGAAUUCUUGCAGACAAGGCGAGAGAUGCCCCCACUGCCACGAAGUCACAGAGACUUGGCCGGUCAUCCCAUGGGGUCUCUCUUUGA